CUAACGACGUAUCUUUGACAUUUUUUCUUCGAUUCGAUUCGGAAUGAAAGUUUGCAAGCCGCGGACAACGUUUGUGCGAGACCAUGACGGGCCCUUGGUACUUGCCGUGGUUGACGUCACAGGAAAGGUCCACCUAAACGCCAAAAAGAUUGGCGGCCAGAUUGUGGCCCUUGGCUUGGACAGUACCUGAAUACUAACAUUGGCACGGAGAUUGUUUUAGCUUUUAGGUUCGAGAUUGACGGGAGAUGAUAUACACAGCUGACCCUUCGUAAACCUGUCGUAAUAUCCUCUCGACCUUCCUCCAGCUUCCAACGCAACAGCCGUUCACCAUGAGCGGCAUCGUCCAGCCUCUCGUAGGAGGCAUUCAGGCCACGAUCUCGGUCAUCCUUACCAUCAGCUUCGGUGUAGCAUUCUCUCAGUUUGGCCUCCUUGACGCAGAUGCAGCAAGCAAAAUCUCGAAGACGUCUGUGAAGGUCUUGCUGCCGUGCUUGCUUAUCAACAACCUUGGCAACCAGCUGAAGCCUGAGACAGCGUACGAAUACGUACCCAUCAUCAUUUGGGCUAUCAUCUAUAACGUCCUCUCGAUCAUCCUUGGUCGCGUGCUCUGCAAGGUCUUCAAACUUCCACGCUGGACUAUUCCUGCAAUUGCAUUCAACAACACUACCUCUCUUCCACUUCUCCUUAUUCAAUCCUUGGAGACAACCGGCAUCCUCAGCCCUCUGGUAUCAUCUGGGGAAGAGACCUCCGAAGCAGUGUCACGUGCACGCACCUAUUUUCUGGUCUCGGCUGUUGUGUCGCACGCUCUGACUUUCGGCAUUGGCGGUAGUGAGCUGAAGGGCGACGACGAGGAUGCCCCUGAAGACAACAGGAAGCAGAACGGCAACGGUAACGGCGCACAACUCGAUGGUGCACCACGACAGCGCUACCGUGAUGAUCCUGAGGCGCAGGAGGACGGAGACGAGGACGAAGACGACGAAUCGUCCGACUCCGCCCCGGAGACCUCUCUUCUGCCCCAUGCAGUCCAUCAUCGCGUGCACAAAGCCAACAAAUAUACUCACAGCGUCGUUAACUGCUCCAUGAAGAAGCUUCCUUCGUUCCUUCAGAUCGCCAUCACCUCUGUCUACAACUUUAUGACGCCUCCUUUGAUUGGUGCUAUUAUUGGUGGGACCAUUGGUCUUGCUCCUCCUCUGCACACGCUCUUCUUCGCCGACAGUAACGAUGGCGGCUACUUCAACGCUUGGCUCACUCAGAGUAUCAAGAAUGUCGGCCAACUGUUUGUUACGCUGCAAGUUGUAGUAGUUGGUGUCAAGCUCGCGCAAGCGCUGCGCAAGGAGAAACGUGGAGAAGACACUGGAGAGUUGAACUGGAUGCCCGUCGCAAUCGUCGCCGUUGUGAGGUACUUCAUUUGGCCUGCUAUUAGCGUGGCUCUAGUAUACGUCCUCGUUGCGAAGACCUCCUGGCUACCCGAGAACCCUAUGUUGUGGUUCACCAUGAUGUUGAUGCCCGCGGGACCCAGCGCGAUGAAGGUCAUGGUGCUUGCCGAUGUCGCUGAUGCGGAGCACAAGGACAAGAUGAUUAUUGCAAAGUUCUUGGCUAUCAUCUAUGCCAUCUCACCACUGAUGACGCUUUCUGUUAUUGGCGGCUUGCAGGCUUGCAACGCUGCUAUGUAAGGCAUGACGUCUUUUGAAGCGGUAGCUGCGUAAUAUCAGACUAGGUCCCACGAGUGAUGCCCGCCGAGGACGACUGAGUUCAAUUCGGAACCACGAAUUCUAUCGACGUGGCAACAGCAGGCUCGAGAUUAGCCGAAUACAUAUGAUGGAUUGAGAAACCCUCAAGGGAAGUAGCUCAAUCACAUGCCAUUUAACGAAAA